CUGUGGGGCAGAUGGCGCCUUGCGUAGGGAGUACAAACAGGCAUGCGAACCCACUCUUAUCGUGCCGGGGCAUCCUUAUCGGGUUGACUUACACCGGAACGGCGUGGCUUGCCUCCAUUCUUUGAAUUCCAGGGCAGGACACAUCACAACAACACAGACACAGCAUAUGGAUUGAAUCUUUACCAAUUGGAAUUCGUCUUGGCUGGAGUCACACCCAAAUAUUUCCACCAGGUCUUCAGUACAACCCAAUUACACCCUCAAAGUCGUAUCGAAUUAUGAACAGAGGAACCACGCUCCGCGGCUUGCUCACCCCGAGAUCGGUUCCCGCACCAGGCUGUCACAGUCGCAUCAGUCAUGUCUAUACCGCACGCCGUUUGAUGCAUGGCUCCUCCAAGAGGCCUCACGAAGUCCUGGGCACCGCUGCCAAACAGCCAGAUGCGGAGCCCUUCGCAGUGCAGAAACCUAACCAAAGGGUGACUGUUAAUGAUAUCAAGGAGCGAAGAGCCAGGGCUGGCAAACUGGUAGCGGGCGUCGCGGCAUACUGCGAUAGUGAUAUGUUCAAGGCUCCCUCCGUCGGUAAGCCACAGGCCAAGAGAUGGGAUCAUCACCUAACGAAAGAGUCACUCUCGCGCCGCCCAUGCAUGCUCAAGCAAGCGGCAAAAUACCUCAAGAAGCCCGGGCUGAUCUCGCUCGGCGGCGGGCUUCCUAGCCCUGAGCACUUUCCGUUCGAGUCUCUGAGCAUGAAGGUGCCAACUCCGCCGGGAUUCAGCGAGGAAGCCACCAAGUCGUCAGGCGUGACUGUGACUAUCGGCAAACACGACGCCAGGGACAACCCGGAUUCGGAGUAUGACCUCAGCAUCGGACUGAAUUACGGUCAGGCAACGGGGUCCGCUCAGAUGGUCCGCUGGGUGACGGAACACACGGAGCUGGUGUUCAACCCACCCUAUGCAGACUGGCGAUCUUGCCUGACCGUCGGGAGUACGGGGGCCCUGGAGCAGUCGCUGCGGAUGUUCUGCGACAGGGAGAGGGGAGACUCGAUAAUGAUGGACGAGUUUGCCUUCUCUACCGCGCUUGAGACUGCGGAGCCACUGGGUAUCAAGGUUGUCGGAGUCGCGAUCGAUGACGAGGGCAUGAUACCUGAGUCGAUGGACAAGAUGCUGUCGAAGUGGGACCCGAAAGAAAGGGGCGGUGCCAGGAAGCCACAUGUCGUGUACACGGUCCCGUCGGGGGGGAACCCCACGGGCGCGACCAUGGGCGCGCAGAGGAGGCGCGAAAUCUACGCCGUGUGUCAGAAGCACGACGUCUUCAUCCUCGAGGACGAGCCGUACUACUACCUGCAGAUGGAACCAUAUAACCGCGGGGGAAAGUCGGCCGCCGCCGCGGCCCCGGAGACUGUCGAGGGCUUCCUCGACUCGUUGAUCCCCUCCCUCCUCAGCAUGGACACGGACGGGCGCGUCCUGCGCAUGGAUUCGUUCUCAAAGGUCGUGAUCCCGGGAUCGCGGCUGGGCUGGGUGACCGGCUCCGAGCAGAUCAUUGAGAGAUAUAUCCGGCACUCGGAGGUGGCCAGCCAAGGGCCCGCCGGUCUCUCGCAGGUCGUCCUGCACAAGCUAUUGGACGAGCACUGGGGCCACGAGGGGUACCUCCGUUGGUUGAUGAACCUGCGGCUCGAGUACACCCAGAAGAGGGACAACCUCCUGAGGGCCUGCGAGGAGCACCUGCCGGCUGAGAUCAUCAGCUUCAGCCCACCGGCUGCCGGCAUGUUUCAAUGGUUCCGUAUCAACUACGAGCUCCACCCGGACGCUGGGAAGCGCAGCAUACCCGCGAUAGAGGAGGAAAUCUUCAACUCGUGCAUUGACAAGGGCGUACUGGUCGCGAGAGGCAGCUGGUUCACCGCGGAGCACGACAAGCCGCCCAAGGACCUCUUCUUCAGGGCAACCUUUGCGACUGCCUCGGCCGAGAACAUGAACGAGGCGAUCCGCAGGUUUGGCGAAGCCGUCAGGGCGAGCUAUCGUAUGUGAGCACCAGCUGUGUGUGCAAUUGUCAGCCGGAAACACAGGUUUUCACCACGAGGGCAUGGUCCUGAUGUCGCUCCGAAGCUUAGGAAGGCCGGAUGGAGUAGGAUUCACUUGGCGUAAGCGGGUCGGACAGAAUCUAUAUAGCCUUGCAUUUUCAUAGCCUGGAUUCGGUCUGCCCAUAAUUGACGGGUAGGAUUUUGAUCAGUGCAAGAAAAUUCGCUGCCUAGGCGACGACUGCUGACCUCCAGCCACGGUGUCCUACCAGAUAUCACAUGCAUUAUUACCGCAACACUGCCACAUUCAAAGGACUUGAACAAUAUGAAGACGGAGCCCCUGUGGCGUACCUAGGUCCGGCCAGUUAUGCCUAAGUAUGAUAGGAGGUUGUCCCACAGGAUGUUACCUUGUGUCUGAAAC